AUGGCUGAACAUCCAGGAAGCGCUCUAGAGCUUCCUCCACAGGAAAUAGGUUCGCAAGAAAACAUGCAGCAAGGCUUUGUCACUUCAGAAGUCGAGGCCAUGGCUGAACAUCCAGGAAGCGCUCUAGAGCUUCCUCCACAGGAAAUAGGUUCGCAAGAAAACAUGCAGCAAGGCUUUGUCACUUCAGAAGUCGAGGCCGCUGACCUUUGCAGAUCGAGUGGACAGUGUCACGUCUUGUUUCCCCCGUGCAAUCCAUGCAAUGAAGGAAUCCGGAAAGCAGUUCAGCUGCCACACGCACAGUCACACAGACACAUAUUUAUGAAGAUGAGCUGGAAUAUAUGUAAGAUGUUUUUUCAAAUACUUUCAAGUACUAGACUAUGUUUACAUGUCCAUGCGAAUACAUAA